AUGGGACAUGAAAACAACCACAUCUCCAUCGUCUUGAAGCUCCACAAUAUAAAUGUGUAUAAGACUUCACCAUUCAGUUUCUAUUCUAAGUUUCAAAAUCUGACUGAGAUCAAGGAGUUAAUUCUUUUGGGUUUUAAAUUCAGCCCACAGCUAAGAAUGUUCCUCUUCUAUCUUUUCCUUGUGGUUUACUUUGGGACAAUUUGUGGGAACCUCCUGAUCAUCACCCUGGUGUCCACCAGCAAGAACCUCCACACUCCAAUGUACUUCUUCAUCUUACAAUUGUCCAUGAGUGACAUUUUGUUGUCCACAGAUGUUACCCCCAACAUGCUCAACAUUAUACUAAAUGAUGGAGGGAAAUUAACUUUUAUUGGCUGCAUGACACAGUUUUGUUUCUUCUGUUUUGCAGAAUCAUUUGAAUGUCUUCUUCUCACAGUGAUGUCUUAUGACAGAUAUGUGGCCAUCUGUAAUCCCCUCCAUUAUGCUUCUCUAAUGACAAAUGGACAUUGUUUGGUAUUGUCCAUCAGCUCUUGGUUGCUCAGUUUUUGUGUAGUGUUCACUGACAUCUUAUCAAUAUUAAACCUGAAGUUCUGUGGAGCAAAUAUCAUUGACCAUUUGUUCUGUGAUCUUGUCCCCUUAGAAGAUAUUGCCUGCUCAGAUACAUUUACUAUAAAACUCUAUUUGUCUUUACUAAGCAUUCCAUUACUGAUUAUUCCCAGCAUAAUAAUUUUUACUUCUUAUGUGAACAUUGUCCGUGCCAUCUUACGGAUUCCAGCUAAUAUCAGUAGACAGAAAGCUUUUUCCACCUGUAGCUCCCACCUCAUUGUGGUCUCCAUAUUCUACUCAACUCUGUUCAUUGUUUAUAUUCUUCCAACAAGAGGACAAUCAUCAGAUGUUAAUAAGAUUGCAUCUUUACUAUAUACUGUGUUUACACCAUUGAUCAAUCCCAUAAUAUACAGUUUGAGAAAUAAGGAAAUUAAGAACGCCCUUCAGGGAACUAUCCAGAGAUAUCUAUAA